GGCGUAGGCCGUUGAGAAUAGAUCCGAUAUUCCUUCUAUAAGAAAGACUGCAAACUAUCUCCUUCUCCUCUACCAUCCUACCGCCUUGUGCCAGCCAAUCCUUCUCCUCCAUCUUUUUACUUUGAACGUGGAUCUUCGUAACAAGUAUAAGAUCGAUCAUGGGAAACCUAUUAUGUUUGGUUCAAGUGGAUCAAUCGACUGUUGCCAUUAAGGAAACUUUUGGGAAGUUUGAUGAUGUUCUCCAGCCAGGUUGUCAUUGUGUGCCUUGGAUUUUUGGAAGGCGGCUUGCUGGACAUCUCACCCUAAGGCUUCGCCAGUUGGAUGUCAAGUGCGAGACCAAAACAAAGGACAAUGUCUUUGUUAAUGUUGUAGCUUCCAUACAGUAUCGUGCUCUGGCUGAUAAGGCAAGUGAAGCAUUCUACAAACUCACCAACACAAGUACCCAAAUCCAGGCCUAUGUUUUUGAUGUUAUAAGAGCUAGUGUUCCAAAGCUUAACCUUGAUGAUGUUUUUGAGCAAAAGAAUGAAAUUGCCAAGGCUGUUGAUCGUGAACUUGAAAAGGCAAUGUCCGCAUACGGGUUUGAGAUUGUUCAAACAUUGAUUGUCGAUAUAGAACCGGAUGAACGUGUGAAGAAAGCAAUGAAUGAGAUCAAUGCAGCUGCACGGAUGAGGUUGGCAGCUAUUGAGAAAGGUGAGGCAGAGAAGAUACUUCAGAUAAAAAGGGCUGAAGGAGAGGCUGAGUCAAAGUAUUUGUCUGGAUUGGGUAUUGCACGACAGAGACAGGCGAUUGUGGAUGGUUUAAGAGACAGUGUGUUGGGGUUUUCGGUUAAUGUUCCAGGGACAACAGCUAAAGAUGUGAUGGAUAUGGUUUUAGUGACUCAGUAUUUUGACACCAUGAAGGAAAUCGGUGCUGCAUCCAAAUCAUCUGCAGUGUUCAUCCCUCAUGGACCCGGUGCUGUUCGUGAUGUGGCUGCUCAGAUACGCGAUGGACUUCUUAUGGGGAGUGCCACCACUUGAUCCUAAUCCUGAUCCUCAACUAUGUUAAUGUAACAUAUACUUUUGGAGUGACAUAUAUGUAUAAUAACAAUAUAUUUUUAUGUUUCUUAUGAUUGUGUUUGUAACUUUGUAUCCAUGGAUUUUUGUAUAGUUGUGUGUUUAUGUAUAUUUGCCGCAUUAGGUGGUUUGUAGAUAUCGGUUUUAAUUCAAUGUCUCAUUUAGUUUUGUC